UACAAAACUAUGUAUUAAACCUUUUAGUAAACUUAAAAAAAUGAUAACAAAAGUAAUUUUUUUGGCGUGCUUUUCUUUAAUCUCGUCAAAUGAGGAAGUAAACGUUGACAUUUAUUUUGAAAGUAAAUGUCCAGACUCAAUCAAAUUUAUCGAAGAGCAACUAUGGCCGACGUAUCAAGUACUGGAUAAAGAUAUUGUAAGCUUCAAAUUUUAUCCUUACGGAAACGCUCAUACUAUCAUAAGUCAAAAUGAAACAAUCUCAUUUGAAUGCCAACAUGGUCCUCAAGAAUGUUUGUUGAAUACUGUAGAGGCAUGCGUUAUCAACCAAACGCCAACUGACGUUUCCAUCAAGUUUAUUUAUUGUCUUGAAAAAAACCCUACAGAAAAAAGGGCAAAAAGGUGCUCUGAAUAUUUGAAAAUAGACUGGAAAAAACUAACGGCAUGCUACAAUGGACUUGAAGGUAAAAACUUACUGCGGAAAGCAGGCGAAGCAACACCAACACACACAUUUAUACCUUGGAUUGUGGUUGACGGUGACUCUGAUGAAAGUAUACAAGAAAAAGCAUUAAGUGACCUUUUAAAACUUGUGUGUGAAAAAUAUUAUGAAAAAAGUGGAACGAUACCACGUUCUUGCUAUUAGAGAAACAUAUUUUCACAAUGAUGAAAUACCAUUAACAAUAACAAAAGAGAGUUCCAUAUUUUUAAAAUGUUUAUUAACUGAUAAUAAUUUUUUAAAUUUGAAAUAUUACUUAACCAUAAUUUUUAUUUAAAAUUGUUAUAAUCGCGUUUAUAUUCCAUGGUUUUAUUCAACAUACUGCUGAGCUUAUUUUAAACGUUUCAAAUAUUUUAUCUUUAAAAUGGGAUUAUAAUUUUUAUUGAAAUAGAUA